AACGUCAUAGAAACUCACACACGAGCAGAAAUUGACCCCUGAGGACAUUCAGCGAUUUGAGCGUAUCGACGACAACCGCCAAGUUUACAUGAAUCUAGACGUUCGAAGGUUGCACAGCCUUAGUCGUGAAUAUGAGGAAAAGGAAGCGCACAGUCAUCACGAAAAUUUUAAGGCGAGGGUGGCAAAGUCAGAAGCUAUGCUCAAACGGUAUCUCGAAAACGAUGCCGGAGAGACAACGCUGUCAGACCAAAUUAUCGGCCAAGCAAUGGCUGUGGUCGAUAAAGAGGGCAAGCCUCAAGUGAGUGGAACCGGCAAAGAAUCGGGUAAGAAUAGUGGAAGUGCCAAUGCUGAGGACCUCGGCCCAAAGAAAAACGCAGCAGCUACAGUGACCGUGCAGGUUGCCAUAGGAAAAUCUCAACCAGGCUCGGAUGUGCAACUUGUAAAUACCUGCGGCGUAUGCUGCUCCGCGGCUCCUACAGAGGGUUAUGUAUCGAGUGGGACGGUACCUGAUGGCGCAGUUUACGAGAAGCUAUUUCAACAUAUUGAAAACGCCGAGAAGGAUUUGAAGUUAAAACUGGAAUGUCUCAAGGUAAACGGUGAUCGAAGCUUGCACGAAGUAUGUCCGGAUAUCCGGGAUGUACUUGAGAAGCACGUAGAAGACCUAAAAACGCUAAGGCAGAAACCUUCUUCCUGUGUGAAUCCUAUUAACCAGCUGUCGACUCGGGCACGAAGUCCAAGUGAACUUCGGUUAGAAAAUCUAUUGUUGAAAAACUGUCUGGCAUUGUUAUGUCGAGAUUCGCCAAGCAAAGAACGUGAUUUAAACCGACGUCUUCGCAAAAUUAAAGAGUCUCUAGAAGAACGAGACCCCGAUCGAGUUGAACAACACAGUGAGACUGCAAGGACGAGCAAAGACAUUGGCCAAAAAGGACAACCAAGCAGCGGGGAGCUGCCUACAGGAAAGUCAAGCCGAUUCCAACAUAGAAAAUCUACAAAGCCAGGUAUAGAACAGUGUUCACCAAGUCCCGUUGUUGAAACAACACGAAAAAAGCCUGCUUCAAAUAAAGGUCUGCCUUGUGGCAAGGAAGCUAAACAGCCUGUUGAUGAGAAGGGUUCGCCGACCCCAACGGCAAAGUCAACACGGUGGAGGCUGUUUGCUGAUAAAGGCCAAAUUCAUGAAAAGCCUGGCAGUGAAAAAGGUUCUCCCAGCCCUUCGACCAAGUCGAAACUACGCAAGCUUUUUGGUAAUAAAGAUCAGCCUCAUGAGAAAAUAACUAGAAAGUCUGCUCGUAUAGCAGGGUCUCCAAGUCCUUCCUCAAAUAUAAAAAAGCGGAGGCUAAUUGGAGAUAAAAGCCCGCUUCAAGAGAAUGGUGAUAGGCCUAGUAAGGCGAAACAACCUUCAAGUCCUCCCCCCAAAUCUAAACAAUGGAAACCAUCUUGGGACAAAGGCCAAAUUAGUGAGCAAACAAAUAAGCAACCUAAGAGUAAAAGGGGUUCUCCAAAAUCAAAGUCAAAAUCAAAACCAUGGAAGCUGUUCGCGGAUAAAGGUUUACCCCGUAAUAAAAUCGUUGAAAAGCCUAGUCAAGGAAAAUAUUCUCCAGGUGGUCAAGCGUAUUCAAAGCAAAAAACCGUCCCAAGCGGUAAAUCGUCACAGAAACUUUCGAAAGAAACAAAGCCUGAUUCUCGCAAGUCAGCACUUUCAGGAUUGGAGCUGAAACAAGAUGAACGAGCAGAAUCACCGCAACAAGAUGCUGCAACAUGCUUGGAUCGGAAAUCUCGGCAGCCUUAUGGUCUUUCAGAAAUUUCACCAGGCAUUGAGCAGAAAUCUAUCCAGCCAGCAGACGGUUUCAAGGCAACGCCGGGAUCUCCCGCAAAGUCAGACUAUCUAUCUAAUAUCUGUAAAGCUUCUCUAGUAGGCUCAGAGAAACCAAAACAAAAGGUGGAUUCGCGCCAGGAGAUUCUCGAUCCUAAACGAAAAAGUUUAAAAACGUUUUCAAUAAAGACUGGGAAGGCAAAAGCGUCUAAAGACGUUUCUAGAAAAUCAAAACUUGUCGCUAGUUCUCGUAAAGUCUCUAACAGAAGCGAUAUGGCUAAAUCCCCCCAAAGCCUUUUAAAAAAAUCUCGACAGCCUGGAGUCUUAAUUGACAAGCGGCCUAUGGCAAAUAUCGAAAAAUUAGAAAUGCAGAUAGAUUCAAGUGGACUUUUACCAAAAAUCUCACAAAAGCUACCACAACAGAAUGACUUUAACGUAGUUUCGCCGGGAUAUUCCGAAAAAGCAGCCAAACGCAGCGAACCUCAAAAGCCUUUCGCAGGACCUUCACAGGCAAAGCCAUCCCGACGCAGCAGCUCUCAAGCAGUUUCUCCCGGAUGUAUAGAGAUAGUGAGAAAACAACAUAGAGACUCUUUUCCCAAACAGUCGCCUCAUCGCAAUGAGCCCCGUAUGCCCGAAAAUAUUGUAAGAGUCUCAUCAGGAGCUCCAGAACCCCUAAGAAGUUCCACGGGGAUUCUAGAAAGCGGACCAUCGACGAGCGGAGACGCGCAACUAAGUAUUUCUUCGGACAAUGUUCUAGGAGAAGUAGAAAAAGGCAUGGCAUCACGGAGGAUAUCGUCAGGAAUCUCGACAACACCCAAAUAUAGCAACACUUCGCACAAGCUAUCACCAGAAAGAGCAAGAAAACAGCAGGAAGUCCGUCGAGAUUCCCCACAAAAUCUAGCUAACCUAAAGCGGCCUGGAGGUAUAGUACAGAAGGAGUCUUCUGUCAAAAACGACAAGCCGGUGGGCAAGGCGGACAAGCCGCUAGAAAACAAACCAUUGCGAGAAGGUAAAGCUGCCCAGAGAACAAGUGUAGCAGAGACGCCAUCACCUAAAAUGAUGCGGCCUCUCGAUAAUGCUUCGGCUGCUAAACAGCGACGCCCCGAGGAGCCGCUACGCGAAAGAAAAGAUCGUGGAGAGAAACCGUCUCUGGAAAAAUGCGAACCUGACAAACCAUACCCAGCGAAGGGUCAAUUGCCUGCAGACAAAAUACAUCCGAUCGAUACCCAAACACUUCAAAGCGACAGAACGUUCGAUACGCUCACAUCACUUGAUCCUGCUUUGGGUGGAAAUACCCGGCACUUCGAUGCUAUCCUUGUGGCUGGUCGCCCACGACCGCCUUGUCUAGAUCCCUUACGAAGAGGUUCGUCAGCUAUGGCGUGUUCACCUUCGGAAGCGAUCAAGAUUAGGGACGUCGUCGCCCCUUUACCAAAUGGUAGUAUAACGACGGAUGUUGCUCUGGCAAAUCGAAGUCUAACCGACGCAGGCGCGAACAAAGUGCGAGGCUCAGGUAGCAAUACCGAUACGGAGGCAACUUUCGUAGCGCUAGGUAAAACGGAGUUUGACACAGAAGAUUACACAACCGAUAUCGAUGCCGCGCAAAACUGUCAUAGUCGUCCAAAGACUGGUGACAUUCAGGGGCUACGUAUAACUUAUGAGGACUUAUGUAAGAAGAAGCUUAAGCCGAGAACACAGACGCCCGAAAAAAAGGGCAUUUUAAUACCCUCGCGACAAACUGUGAGUUCAUCAAAAGGCCGACAACCAGCGCAAAAAUUUCAGGAUAACUCCCACUUCGGAGGUCUGCAUGUCGGGAGCCCCAGCUCAAACGAUUACACGCGAAGCGUUCAAAAGACCGCCGACCUACAGCCUAUUAUCAAAGCACCCGAUGGCCUGGUAAUACCCGAAAGGGAGAUACCCAGAUUAACCAAAGAUAAGCGUAGCAGAAAUGACAAGCCAGCAUUUUGGCGAAGGUCUAAGGGCUCAUCAAAGUCAAAAAGCCAAACAUUGAGUAAGGAAGCUGGAAAGAAUCUGAAGGAUCCGAAUGCUGGAAUACACCGAAAAACUACGAGUUUGUCGGGGAUUCCGGCUAAUCUGUUGAGAAAUAAGGGUCUUAUUAGCCCCUCAAAGAGCCGAAAACCGACAAAACAAAAUAAGAAUGGGCUUGCAAGUGCCGAUGCCCACUCGUUACGACACGCUACAGUAGGACAGUCAAAGAGUCACAGCUUCGAGGGCCCUCCAUAUGAUCCCACGCAGAAUCUUCCGAAAACCACCGGCCUUCAACCAAUGAUUACAGCCGAAAAGGAGAUACUCGUGUCAAAUCCAAAACAGGCUAAACCUUCAAAAACUCUUGAGCGAACCAGCCCAUCCAAGAUUCUUUCCAAGAUUCCAACGCCCACCAGCCUGUCGAAAAGCCGGAAACCUACACGAAGAAACAAAGAUGAAUUCGGGUGGGGAAUGUCAAAGCAUCCCAGCUCCGAAGAUCAAACAAGGCCUCGUAAUGAGGAUCGCAGAACUCUUGACUUCGCCAAGCCUGUUUCCGGACAAGCUCCAGACUUACGAAUGAAAAAUGGACAAAACCAAUCAGCACAACUUAAAACCUUCAAGCCCCCCACAGUCACGUCACCACACGCGAAAUUGGGCCAAAAUGACCCUCAAGCACUUGACAGAUCUACAAAAUCAAACGCUUUACAUAACCAGAUGUGGCUUGACAAAACCUUUGAAUUGGACAAGCCCGACCAGGAUCAAGACAAGGGUCUCAAAACAUCUUUUAAAGAGGCAGAAACUUUGAAUAUUGGCGGGCACCUGGUCAUGCGUGAAACAGAAGUCAAACUUAGCGGACCAAAGAAGAAAGUAUCGGAACUUCGUGCAAUGAUGAUGUGCUGGUCGACAUUUGAUCACCAGAACUGGAAGGUGUGGAAUGACGGAGCUUCUGAUACGCUCUCCUAUAAAGUUUAAUUUCAAAAUCUAAUAUUAAAAUAAUUUAAAAUUUCAAUACUUUAUGGUUUGCA